AUGAGAGAAGAGACGAGAGAGAGAGAUGGUUGGUGGUUGUCGCGGGUGGGCGCAGCGACGAAUGAAAGGCAGAGAGAAGACGAGGGAGAAGAAGACGAGGAAGAAGGACGAAAGAGAAGAAAGAGAAGAAGAGGAAAAGAAGAUGCUUGGAGGAGGCAAAAGGGAAAAAAGGCAGAAAAAAGGGCGAACGAGGGCGACGGGGACCUUGCGCUUUUUAAGGCGAAGAAGCCAAUGAGAAGGGGGAUGCUUAGAGAGAAGAGAUGGAGACUCGAGGAAGAAGAAGAAGAAGAGAAGAGAGUUAAGUAG